AUGGCCCUGAACCCAUCCGACGGCUUUGCCGCCGGCAACGGGAUGCUCGACCUCGACGACACCGCGUUGCCCAUGUUCGUCGUCGAGCGAGUCCAGCUGCAGUUCUCCAUCGCCGCCGACUUCGUCGCCGCCCAGGUAGCGAACAACGUCCUCGUUCUGGCGCUUUCCAACGGUCGCAUCCUGCGCAUUGACCUGAACAGACCCGAAGACAUUGAUGACAUUGACCUCCCGAAAAAGCCCGGCGAAAUUGGCGUUAUCCGCCGCAUGUUUCUCGAUCCGACUGCCUCCCACCUUCUUAUUUGCACGGCUCUCGGCGAGAACUACUAUCUCCACUCCCAGCACAAACAUCCCCGAGCCCUGGCCCGGUUACGAGGCGUCUCGAUUGAGAGCGUCGCCUGGAACCCUUCGCUGCCGACGGCAUCGACUCGAGAGAUACUUCUUGGUGCCGCCGAUGGCAAUAUCUACGAGGCCUUCAUUGAGACGACCUCUGAGUUUUACAAAAAGGACAUCAAGCUCAAGAACCUACACAAGCUGCCCGAUGGACCGAUCACAGGGCUCUGGGCGGACACGCUACCCGGGCGCCCGGAUAUGCGACGGGUGUUGAUUGCAACACACAGUCGGCUGUUUCACUUGGCUGGCAAGGUCGGCAACGGGCACGACAGUGGUGGCUCCAUUUUCACGAAGCUGUUCGAGUCGGAACAGCCGACGGUACACGAGCUGUCGCGCUCGUCUGGCGCUGCGACAUCAGCGCUGGUGGUCUCGCCGGAUCCGCCCGACCGGAACCCCUACGAGGACGAGUCGCACGAGAGAGCCUACGCGUGGCUGUCUGCUCAAGGCGUAUUUCAUGGACAGCUCGCCUCUAGCGCGGAGGGCAACAAGAUUUUUAACGAAUCGAACAUGCUCCCUCGUUCACAGCUUGGCCCGUCCAACGCAUCGAACAAACGGAACCCUACGUUGGAUUAUAUUGACGCCAUUGCGCUGACGCAAUGGCAUAUUGUCAGCCUCAUCGGCGGCCGCGUGGUUGCCACCAACCGCCUGACCGGGGAGGUGGUGUAUGACCAAAUCGUCCUGGAACCGGGGCAGAAGGCAGUGAGCCUGUCUGUGGACCUGCAAAAGAACACAUUCUGGAUGUUCACCGCCCAGGAAAUCUUCGAGGUUGUCGUAAGGGACGAGGAUCGUAACAUCUGGCAGAUUAUGCUCAAGUUGCAACAGUUCGACUCGGCGUUGCAGCACGCAAAGACGCCGGCACAAAGGGAAACAGUCGCCACCGCGUACGGCGACAACCUUGUCGCGAAGCGGCACUUCAUGGAGGCCGCCUCGGUGUACGGACGCAGCAACAAACCAUUCGAAGAGGUGGCUCUUACGUUCAUCGACAAUGCCGAACCCGAUGCUCUGAGGAAAUAUCUGUUGGCCAAGUUGGGUACGUUGAAAAAGGUCGCAGUCAUGCAGAGGAUCAUGAUAGCAAGUUGGCUAGUGGAGAUCUUUAUGGCGAGACUCAAUACUCUAGACGACACCAUCAUCACACAGGCUGAAUUGGCCGACGGCCUCAAUCCCGCGCGGUCAAGGGAGCAGCUUCGUGCCGUCCAGGACGAGUUCCAAGAUUUUGUCAAUAAGUACAAGUACGACCUUGACCGACGCACAGUAUAUGACGUGAUCAGCAGUCACGGUCGGGAACAAGAACUGUUGUAUUUCGCCAACGCCGUCAACGACUACAACUACGUUCUUUCAUACUGGGUUCAGCGCGAGAGAUGGCCUGAGGCGUUGACGGUUUUGAAGAAGCAGACCGACCCAGAGGUCUUCUACCGGUAUAGCACCGUGCUUAUGACGCACGUUGCCUCGGAUCUGGUUGAGAUCUUGAUGCGUCAUUCCGAUCUGAAGCCCCGCAAGCUGAUACCUGCACUGCUGGAGUACAACCGCAAUUUCGAUGGGAGCCCAGCACAGAACCAAGCUGUUCGAUAUCUGCAGUACGUCAUCAACCAACUCAAUUCAAAGGACUCGGCGGUGCACAACACGCUAGUCUCUAUCUACGCCCAGAGUUCCAAAGACGAGGCCGGAUUGCUGUCAUACCUGGAGUCGCAGGGAGACGAGCCAAACUUUGACCCUGAUUUUGCUCUUCGGUUAUGCAUUCAGCACCACCGGACGUUGUCGUGUGUACAUAUCUACACCAGCAUGGGCCAGUACCUCCAGGCCGUCGAUCUAGCGCUUUCUCACAACGAGGUGGAUUUGGCGUCCGUGAUCGCAGACCGGCCAAUGUCGAACCCGCCCUUGCGGAAGAAACUCUGGCUCGCAGUCGCCCGCAAGGUGAUAUCCCAGUCAAACGGCAUAAAGACGGCCAUCGACUUCCUCAAGCGAUGCGAUCUUCUCAAAAUCGAGGAUCUCAUUCCUUUCUUUCCCGACUUUGUAGUCAUUGACGACUUCAAGGAGGAAAUCUGCACCGCUCUGGAGGACUACAGUCGCAACAUCGACGGGCUGAAGAAAGAGAUGGACGAGUCAUCCCAGACGGCGACGAACAUCAAGGUCGACAUUGCCGCGCUGGAUCACCGCUAUGCCAUUGUUGAGCCUGGAGAGAAAUGCUACGUGUGCGGCCUACCGCUCCUCAGCAGGCAGUUUUUUGUCUUCCCCUGCCAGCACUCGUUCCAUUCAGACUGCUUGGGGAAGAGGGUUCUGGAGCAGGCCGGCGUAGGCACAAGCAAGAGAAUUCGUGAACUCCAGGUACAAAUCAGCAAGGGCUUGGUCAGCGGAGCGAAGAGGGAGGCCAUGAUUGCAGAGUUGGACUCGCUGGUGGCGUCGGCGUGUAUUCUUUGCAGCGAGUUCGCCAUCAAGAGGAUCAAUGAGCCUUUUGUCACGCCUCAAGAUAACCUAAACGAGUGGAGGAUUUAA